AUGCAUUUCGCCUCCCUGAUUACCAUCGCUCUCGUUAGCCUUGCAAACGGCGCAGCGCUUAAUGAAGAAGCAACUCCCAGCAACGGCAACAGCCUAGUCCCUGCUCAAGUCUGCAACGUUGGUUACAACUAUUGUGGGUGGUAUCUUGCUGAUGGCCUCGGAUGGGGAAAUGUUCCUGACCUCCAGGGUCUGUACGACUGUGUCACGCCAACCAGUGCCAGGCGUCUAGAGCACUGCAAAAAGGGAUGCAAGAGCGGCUGUGCUCACUGUGGAUGA